AUGUGUGGCUUCCUAAUGCUCACUUGUGCAGUGUGUAGGAAGUGGAAGCUGGUGGGCUCAGACAAUGAUCUAUGGUGUAACCUUUUUAGAGAGAGAUGGGGAGAAGAUCAUUCUGCUUUUUAUGCUCCUAUUGGCUCAAAAUCAUGGAAAGAUGUAUAUGAGGUGCAAGAUCGUUGUGAUCGAAUUGGAGUGGGUUUGAAGAUUAUUAGAGAAGGCAGUGACUACUAUCUUGUUCACCAAGGAGAGAUACAGAGACAUCUGGGUUCAAGAAAAAAUCAGGAAAAAGAAACUGCUCAAAGCUUCCAUUCAGAAAUUGAAUUCAAUGGAGAAAGCUGUCUAGCUGAAGAGAGAUCAUGUCGUGGAAUUUUGGACAAAAUCCUUUUUUUCAUAGGAGAUUUGGAAGUUGCUUCUGCAGAAGCCAAACGUAGCCGUGUCAGUGAUAGUCUCUACCAUUCAAUCCACCACUCAACUUCACUGGAAAACUUCUUUGUACCUAACCAUUAUUUCAUGUAUAUAUAAUAUACUUAUCAAACAAUGUAUUCAGUUAUUUCAAUAAUUUAGCCUUUUCAUAUAAGUCAUGAGAAUUAUGAGGACCUUCAUUGCUUCUAUCAUUUUGCCUCUCUACCUAGCGCUGCGAUCAAUAUGGAACAAGCUAAAGCUACUAUUUUAUAA